AUCGCCUUAAGCAACAAUGCAAAGUGAGCGUAUAGUAUUGCGUCUUACAGCUUUGCCAACAAUUUGUCUAUGUCGAUGAGAGAGAGAGCAAGAGAAAGGACAAGAGAGAGCAAGAGAAAGGAAAAGAGAGAGAGAGAUUACACUGUAAACUGUCAGUUAGUCAGACAGCACAACGAAUGUCAUAUCUUCAGCAACUGACAGCUUACAGGACAGGCGCCAUUUUGACGGUCAAACACCGUCGUUAUACUCUACAGUAGUAUAAGCUACUGAAAGUGGUGUUCUGAUAUAUCUCGCUCUCUGUUUUCUUGACAAUAGUCAUUCUCAUUGCUUUUUUGUUCUUUUCUUUUUCCAACAAGUUUUUAAUAUCUCAGUAACGAUUAAAUACAUAACCCAUCAAACAUUUCAUGAAAUUAAUCUUAUAGUUAUAUUUGAAGAGUUCUAUUUUUUGACACAGGAAUUCCAUUGGCAUAAUGGCUUCAGAUUGUCUAGACCCCUUGGAAGAAUGCAUUUCAAAAGCCUUACCAACACAGCCUAUUUCAGGUGUAAAAACUCUUGCAAAAACCCUGAGGGACAUUGGCGUGGAAACUCUUGAGGACCUGCAGUAUGUUGAAGCUUCAGAUCUUUCAUCAGUUCUGAAACCAAUCCAGAUACGCAAACUUCUUCAACAAACCAAACUUGACUUGAACCAACCACCAACUACUUUGUACUCUUUACCUGGUCAAAUACAGAAUAUGAUAUCAAAGAUUGGAGCACCUUUCCAGAAUAACAACUUACAGCAACCUGUGAUAGGAAACCUACAUAGUUCAUUGCCGACUUCAGGAGUUUGUGUUCAACUUCCCCUACCGAAAAUGACCACGUCAAAUGUAUCAAAACAAACUAUUGUAGAAAACUCACACAACUCCAUCAUGUAUCCGCAUAACAACACUUCACCUCUUCUCCCGCUCAGUAUGCCUGGCUCAUCUCCAACCAAUCAGUCCAGCCCUCAGCUGUCUAAUGUAACUCAAUAUCAGAACCGUAACAUACCACAGUACAGUAAUAUGAACAAUGUUAUUCUGCCAUCGACUCAGGUUGUUGAAGUGACCCCAAACCUCUCUGCAGGUAAUAAUCCUGUGAAAGAUAUUUCUUCUGGCGUCAACAGAGCAAGGGUAAGGAAUCAGUCAAAACGGGACAAACUUUCUCUGAUGGCAUCAUCGCUUGAAAGAGAUGAUAAUAGUUCUAAAGGCAUCAGUCCUAGCUUGUCUUCUCUCACUCGUCUGUGCUCAGUUUAUGGCGGAGACAGAAAAGAGGUAGUUGAGAUAUCACCACAGCCUGCAAUCGAUAAUGCUGGAUGGAAUACGGAGAACAGUGAACCGAAAUUGUCUGCAGCUGAUCCUAUUAUUGUUAGUGAUGAUAGCAACUGUUCGACUACAUCAGAGACUUUGAAUUCUAAAAAUUUUGACAAGAUGUCAGACAACAGUCUGAUGACCCACACAUCUGAAUUAUUACCUCUAGCAAAUAUAAACAAUGAUAAACAGCAGCAGCAACAACAACCUUUGGAUAUAUUUUCAGUUAAUUUACCUAUUGGAUUAUAUCCUGAAAACAAUUCUAAUAUGUUUGCUGAUGAAAAUUCAGAAUGGGUCCAAAAUUUUCAGAUCCCCAUUGAUAAAAUGCCUCCGGCUCUUAUUCAUGCUUUGAAGAACAAACAACGUCCGGAAUCAAACCUUCGUCGAGAGAUGAUUCGUGUUGUUGUUGCAGAAGCAAUAAAAUUCUGUGCAAGACCAAACCGAAGACAGUUAUUUUUCAUUGCACAUAAAAUGGUGACCGAAUAUCCUGAAUCCUUGAUGGAUGAUACACUAAGUCCCAAUGGUAGACAAACUGGUUUUGAGGCCAUUUUGAAACAGUUGCAAUCUCGUGUUGAAAAUAUCAAUCGGUUUGACCGUGGACAGUUCCUUUACCAAAAGAAGUUAAUGUCUUGGACUAAGACUCAGCAAAAAUCUGAUUCUGGCAAUCAGAAAUCAAGUAAGUUGUUGAAUAACUACGGCUGCAUUAACUGGCAGCCACUAAAAUUACCCCCAAAUGAAACAAAAUGGAGCCUGAGAAUGAAACAGGAUUUACUGCGGAGCAUCUACAGUUCAAAGUGGGAUGUUGAAUUUGUGGAAAAAGACAUGAUAACUACUUUCUUUUUCCAAAGAAAAGACAUCAAUAAUGGUGCUUCCAUCACCACAUUACACAAAGACUGGCCUUUUCUCUUUGAAGAAAUUGGGCUAAUGGUUCAUUUCAAAGAACUGACCACAAUCGACAUGAAAAGCGUUAUAAAUGACUUUCUCAACAAUAGUAAAGUGGAAACAAUUAUUAAUGUAAUGAAAUCCCUUUUUUUAAUUACUAACAUAACAGAUAUAGAACAGAUUCUCCAAACAGCUGCCAACUACAAGAAAUGUGAGAAACAGAACUCUGAGAAUGAUAUCAAUGUUGCAUUAAUGAUGCAACUUCUAAUGGUAUAUCUCGGUGAAGAUAUACAACAUCUAUUUCCUCUUGUACCAGUGAAUUAUACUGUAACAGACUUAGAAUCCUCCAACAUUCCUGAAACUCCAUGUCUUAUUGCCUGCGGUGAUUCGUUGUUGAAUUCCUGUAAGUUUCUGCUUUGUGUUGAUGGUACUGUUGUCAACGAACAGAUCACCAGUUUCGUAACUGGCCUCUGUAUGAUGUUCGCAUCUUACUACUGCUUUAACAUCUGCUACAAUCAAGAGGCACCUGCAACACUGGAAUUUGUUCAAAGGUGUUUGUUUGAUAUUAAUCCCAUGAAAGGCUCCAAAUUUGAUCACCAGAAAUUCAGUAACAAACAUUUUGUUGUUCAUCCUAAGAUCAAUACGCUCUUGAAAUCUUUGAUUGAUUUAGGCUUUCAGGUGUCUCCAGAACUCAAUGGGUGUGUAUCGAACAGGAAAUCAAGAACUCCUGAUUCCUCUGAUAUCUCAAGAUGGUCUUUGGAAACGACAAACAAUUCCAAUGAUUCUGAUCUUCCAGCUUUAUCUUCUCUUUGUCCAACAACAGCAGCAGCAGACAACUCUCAGAAUUUCCCAUCUUUAACAAAUAAACCAAGCGAUGAAAACGAACUUGUGACAAAUCCUUCAAUUAGCAUCGAAUGUAAUGAGAUAACCAGUCAAGGCUUAUCAGAAGACCAACAGCAGCAACAACAACAGCAACAGCAUCAACAACAGCAACAGCAAGAACACCAACAGCAACAGCAAGAACACCAACAGCAGCAACUUACCUCUGCCAACAUCAGCAAUAUGCCAGCAUCCUGUGAAGCACCUCUGGUAAUUUCAGUGGAAGAAGUUCAGGAUUUUGAACUCCCAGAUCAAAAUUUUAGGUACAAUAUCAUGAAUACUACAAAUGAGCUACAAGAAAACCCAACCAAGUUUGUUCCAAAAAUCAAAAAUAGGUUAAAGCAUUGCCGUAGUGUUCGGGGACAUGGCGCUAACAAAAAGCCCAAAGAAUGGAUGAGAGAAUAUUGGCGCAUUAAAAAGCGGGAAUCUCGAGCUCGUCAAGACUAUUGGAGAAAGCGUGUAUUGCAUGAGUCGAUUCCAGGACAAGCGAGCACCACUGUUCCAACUGGAGAACCCAUUUGUAAUCAGGCUUUUGAUAUUAAUACAAACAUACCUUGUGAUGAUGGUCAACCAAACAAGAAAAAUGUUCAGUUACAUUCACCACAAGCCUUGGUUCAACCACAGACUUCUGUGGUGCCAACACCAUCUCCAGUUCCAAAGCCACCAACCUACAAAUUCCAGAUGCAGCAUCAUCAGAGUUGUGUAAUGACCCAACUUUAUCAGAUGUGGAAAUCAAGGUUAUUUUGCAAUGCAGCUAUUAGUAAUGGAACUCAUACAAUCUUAGUUCAUCGAGAUCUUCUCAUUGCCACUUGUACCAAACUUCUGGAAAUUCCAAAUACUGAUGUGCUGAAAGGUGAAUACCUACAGUUAACUUUUACUCCUGACAUUCAAGAGGAAGCUCUCUGGGCCUUUUGUACCUAUAUGUAUGAAGGAGUCCUGGUUUUAAAUUCAGAUAUUCUAUACAACAUGGAGUGCAUUGCUAAGAUCCUUGGUGUAUACAAUAUCUUGAGCCUUGUGGAUCGAUAUAAACAAUGUACAAUGCAAAACCAAUCCAAUACAUCUUUGAAAUCUUCGAAUGAAGAACAGAUGAAUAUAUAUUUCAACUACCAAAUAACAAACAGAUUUCAGAUGGACAACGACUGUGAUGGAGGACCUAGCCAACCAGGAAUAAAGGUGAAACAAGAAACAGACCCGAUUUCCUGUUCUUCGCAAAAUACCAUAGCAGAGUCUCAGAAUAAUUUAAGCAAAUCAGAUUCUUUCCUGAACUACGAACAUGUUGACAACAAAAUGACCUUAACGGGACUUCAAUAUCAGAAGACCAUCUGUAAUUUGUCACAAAUGAUAACAGGUAUGAUUAGUCACAAUCAACCAGACUACAGCACGUCAGUUGUGAUUGAGGUUGAAGUUGAUUCUCUAAUGUCCAACAGCUGUCCUAACGUAAACACUCAAUCAAACACCACUCUUUCUCCAGUCAGUUUGACAACAGUCUCUGGGGAACAGCUCCCUCUUGAUUUACCGCAUACACAAAUAAAAACUGAAUAAAUGUAAAA